AUGCUGUCUUCUUCCAGCACCUUUGCAUGGUGCUGUGAGUUUGUGGCCGUCAGCCUGAUGCUGCGCAGCCAGGGAAUGCUGAAGAGCCGCUGUUGCGUCCUGCUCGGUGACCUGAGGGUGUUCCUUCUCGGGCCACCGACACCACUGCCUCCGCUGACCCCCAUGUCAGUCCAAGGAACUGAAAGCCAUCAAACAGGCAUCGCCAUCCCCGACAAUAACAACACGUUAACGAGGAGCCACCAGCCCGCAGGGGACCGGGUUGCCCCACCUGCAGCAGGAGCCACUUGCGCACCGGGCCGAGACCGGCCGGGCUGGGUGGAUGCUGCAGAGCUGUCGGUGGCCCUACGCGGCUGCAGCAGCUCCUCCGACGACUGCUCAAAGGGCAAACUAGAGGAGCGGUUCUCCCUCACAAGCUACACUGAGAGCGGCUUCAGGACUCCGCUGUGCAGGAUCUGCUUCCAGGGACCAGAACAAGGGGAGCUCCUGAGCCCCUGCCGGUGCAGCGGGUCAGUACGCUGCACCCACCAUCCCUGCCUCAUCAAGUGGAUCAGCGAGAGAGGAUCCUGGGCCUGUGAGCUCUGCUACUACAAAUAUCAGGUCAUUGCCAUCAGCACCAAAAACCCACUACAGUGGCAGGCCAUCUCCCUGACAGUGAUAGAGAAAGUGCAGAUAGCAGCAGCCAUCUUGGGCUCCCUGUUCCUGAUGGCCAGUAUCUCCUGGCUGGUGUGGUCGUCCUUCAGCUCGUCAGCCCGCUGGCAGCGCCAGGAUCUCCUGUUCCAGAUCUGCUACGGCAUGUACGGCUUCAUGGACAUCGUCUGCAUCGCAUUAAUUGUCCACGAGGGACCUUCUGUGUUUCGAAUCUUCCACCGCUGGCAGGCUGUGAACCAGCAGUGGAAAGUCCUGAACUAUAGCAAGUCAAUGGACAAUGAGGAUCUGAAGAACGCUGUGGACAGAACUGUGACUCAGCCCAGCCCAGGCUACCAAACUGGGGUAGGAGUGUCCACCUCCACCUCCUCGCUGAUGGUGGUAGCCUCCACAGCCGAAGGCUCCAUUUCUACAACCGCGGUGACGUCUGCAGGAGGACUGGGAGCACAUGUGGAUCCCAACAGCAGCAGCAACGCAGUGCCAGACCAACACUGUUCCUACAACAUCCUCCACCUCCUCAGCAACCUCAGGCAGCCGGAGCCCCGCAGCCAACCCAGCAAUAGCACAAGAGAGCUGGUCAUGAGAGUCACAACAGUCUGAGGAGCCAAGAGAGGCCUUAUCUCACAUGGAGGGGAAAGAUUUAUGAACCAGCUGACAGUUGAAAAAAAAAAGUCUUAUCUUAACUGCACUGGAUUGAUACCAUGUUCUUGUUUGUCUCAAAAUGCAUCUCUGAUGUCCUUACAUGGAUUGAAUAAAAGACGAAGUUGUUUGAUUUGCAGAAUUGGUUGGAACAUUUUUAUUUUGGAUAUUUAGGGUCAAGAAUAUUUGCUUAUGUGUGUUGAUAUUCAUUCCUGAUCCUUUUAAACAAUAUUUGAAGAAAAUAAUAUAAUCUUAAAAGGUCCCCUUACUAAUUUCAGUUGAUGGAAGACCAAAUGUAUCUCCAGCUCUGUUUGAGGAACAAAGACUUAAAAACUGUAGUUCAUUAAGGUUAGAUUUUCUACACCUAACACAUUUACCUCAUCAUGUGUUUGCAUUACAAUGAUUCUUAAAUAGGAAGAACUCC